AGUUCCAAUUGGUUAAAAUGAUUUUACUAGCACUAUACCGUGUUUUAAAAUUUGAGGUUGUGGUCAUGUUUUUGUUUUGAAAGAAAUGUAUUUCCUGUCAACUCGUGUACUUUAGCACAUUAUCAGUGCAUUGAGGGUAGCGUGCGCUUCGAUGUAAAGAGAAUGUAUCAUCGGCUUGAAGAUAUUAUGAAGCUCUCCUGUGAGUUAUCUGCUGAUAAGCAGAUCCAGACCACAGUCAAGGGUUCAGCAAAAGGGGCAGCAGCAGCUGGAAGCCUGGCCUUUGCCGGAGGCUUGGUCGGGGGUCCUCUUGGUAUUGCAGUUGGCGGUGCUAUUGGAGGCCUUCUUGGCUGUUGGCUGACCAGCGGUGAGUUCAAACCUCUUCCUCAGGUCAUUAUGGAGCUCAGUUCUCAUCAGCAGCAGAAACUAUACGAGGAUCUGGUUGCCAUCCUCGGGGACAUUCAAUGGACCGAUGUGGCACAGCUAACUACUCUUGUCUUAAGCAAUUCUACUCUGAAGCAGCAGCUCACUGCUGCCCUCCUUGGCUUUGUUACCAAGGAGCUCCAAGCCAAAGUGCACUAUGUUGAUUAGUGUGGAUAAGUCCACAGGCUCCACACCCUAACUGCUUGAUAAGGACAUGAUUUUUUUUGUGUGUGUGCACGUCCAGAGACUGCUGAAUGCUAUCCACAAACUGCCGAAAAAACUGAUAACACAUUAAAGUGUUGUAAAUUGUG